ACCGCCUGAACGCCUGGAUUGGUACAUAGUGGUCGCUGGGAUUCUAGGUUUUUUGUAUGACCAGAUGAAGUUAGAGAUGUGUCUCUGGAGGACUCUAAGUUGGUGCGGGGGUAUUGGGACGGGUAGGACCCGAAAUGGAUAUAGGAGUUUUGGUAAAAGUGUCAUCUUGACCGCCGCAAUUCUACCUAGCCACGAGAGAGGUACUUCUGAGUUAGUAAUAGGGGCAUCUAGCGAUGUGCGGACGGAUUCUGACAUCCCAGGCAUUACCACCUCAGAGAACAAAGCUGAGGCCGCUGAGGGGUCGAAUGGGGCGAACAUCAACAGUUUCGAUCCUUGCAAAGCCAAGUCUUACAACACUGUCUUGAAGAAAUGUUACUAUAACAGUAACUUAAAGGAAAACUAUGAGGAAUACACAAUGGAUGUUUUUUUCCGGCAGACAUGGAUUGAUGAACGGCUAAAAUUUGAUGGUCCUACAGAAAUUCUUAGAUUAAAUAAUUUAAUGGUCAGUAAGAUUUGGACACCAGACACUUUUUUCAGAAAUGGGAAAAGGUCGAUCUCUCAUAAUAUGACAACUCCCAAUAAACUUUUCAGAAUUAUGCAGAAUGGAACAAUCCUCUAUACUAUGAGAUUGACAAUUAAAGCAGAAUGUCCAAUGAGGUUAAUGAAUUUUCCUAUGGAUGGACAUGCAUGCCCUCUGAAGUUUGGCAGUUAUGCAUAUCCAAAAAGUGAAAUUGUUUAUACGUGGAAGAAAGGACCUUUAUACUCAGUUGAGGUACCAGAAGAAUCUUCAAGUCUUCUCCAAUAUGAUCUUGUUGGGCAAACAGUUUCCAGUGAAACGAUGAAAUCUAAUACAGGUGAAUACAUUGUAAUGACAGUGCAUUUCCACUUGAAAAGAAAAAUGGGCUAUUUUGUUAUACAGACAUAUAUCCCUUGCAUUAUGACCGUCAUUCUUUCUCAGGUGUCUUUUUGGAUCAACAAAGAAUCUGUUCCAGCUCGAACAGUUUUUGGGAUUACAACAGUUCUUACAAUGACCACAUUAAGCAUUAGUGCAAGGCACUCUUUCCCAAAAGUAUCAUAUGCAACUGCAAUGGACUGGUUUAUAGCUGUCUGUUUUGCCUUCGUAUUCUCUGCACUUAUUGAGUUUGCUGCAGUGAAUUAUUUUACCAAUCUCGACACUCAAAAAGCUAUGAUGAAGGUAGCUAAAGAAUCAGCAGCGGCAGAGGAUGAGAUUGUCACACAUUCUGAUUCCAACUGCAACUUAAAGAAAAGAAUUAACUCAAUGGCAAUCUCUCAAGGCGAUGUAUCACUUGAAGACAAUGUACCACCCUAUGGAGCAACAUAUUGUCAACAGACUGAUGUUCCUGCUGCAGACCUCACACAACUUGGAAUCUCAUCAAGUCCUCAUAGUGGAACUAGUAAAAUAGACCAGUAUGCCAGAAUACUCUUUCCUUUGGCAUUUGCAGGAUUUAAUUUAGUAUACUGGGUGGUCUAUCUCUCCAAAGACACAAUGGAGUUAAAUCGCCGUAUUUGAAGUUUUAGAGAAAGAAAGAAAUGGUGAGCAACUCUUAUGUG